ACCAUUUCACCAUUCGAGCGGCGGCGGCGGGAUGUGGCAAGUGUACGCGGGCGCCGUGGUCGCGGCCUUUAUCUCGAUCGCGGUGUUUAUGAUCUACUUUGAGGAAAAGAAGCUCUUUGUCAACUUCGCGCACGGCAAGAUUCUCCUGUUUGGGCUGUUCUGGGUCAUCGUGAGCUGGAUCGAGUUCAUGCUCAUCUUACCGCUCAAGUUCGUCGUCGCGCCCAACGAACUCCACAUCGUAGCGCAUGAAACGUGCAUGGUCGUCGCGCGCACCUUGCACGUGCUCUUCUUCGGCCCAGUUGUCGUCGAGGGCCGCAUGAAUGUGAACCCUGACAAAGUGUACAUGAUCGUCGCCAACCACCAGACCAUGAUGGACAUUACGUCGUUGUACUUUUUGGGCGGCAACUUUUCGUGGGUGUCCAAGAGCAUUAUCUUUCUCAUUCCUGGCGCCGGGUGGCUCAUGAAGCUUGCCAACUACGUCCCAUUGACGCGCAAGAACAAAACGAGCGUCCUGCGCAUGUUUGAGCUCGCCAAAGACCGGUUUGCGCACGGGUGGAGUGUCGUCGUGUUUCCUCAGGGCACGCGUCGGCGCACCGAGUUCCUCCCAUUCAAAGAUGGCGCGUUCGACCUGGCAGUCGACGCCAACGUCGAGAUCCUGCCCGUGACGAUCAUUAUCCCGGACGACCUAUGGACGUGGAACCGCCUCGGCAAGGUAAAGCUCGUGAUUGGCAAGCCGAUUGCUGUCGGCAACGCGACCAAGGACGAGCUCAAGCAGAAAGCGUACGACGUCGUGCUGAGCAACCUGCCCAAGCAGAAGUAGCGGCAGGCGUGACGCGCCAUGGACGGAGCCCCGCGCCGCACCAACGCUGCGCGCCAUCCGUCGGCAUAAAGUGUUGGAAAUAUAUUGGUGUGUAGACGA